CAAGAACAAGAUGAACUCGACGUAUUUGUUGUCGAUCCGCCUCCUCCCCACCGGUGCAAGAAAACAGCUGCUUUGAUGGUCCUAUAGGUAGCCUAUUCGUGGGAAUAUUUAGUUUUUAUGGGACAUUUAACGUAACGUAGGCCUACUUAGAACCGAGCGACGAUGAUGUCCGAAUGCGACCCGACAGAGACGAGCGAGCCAGUGCUGGACUCUGAAGCAACAGCGGUUCCUGCUUCUGAAUGUAACUUUCACUUCUCGGGACCGGCACAGGUUUUAUUCGAUGGUACUGGGAUAGGUUUAGGACUCUCAGUUAACCCUGGAGUAGCUGUUCGUAUUUCUGACUCUUGUGAAAGUGUCUUGACCGAGCUUGAGAACGACGGCUCCGGGGAAGAGGCGCUGUUACUACCGGGUUUAACAGGGAACACGACGUCUCCUCGGUGUGCGCAAGAGAAGCGCAGCAAGCGAAACAGACACAGCUCGUCAUCGGAUAAAGACACCUUGGCCUCCCCAGGUGCCAACAGUGGGGACUUCAACCGUUUCCCUGAUGAUCCAGAGUUUGCAGAUAUUAUCCAAGUGGCCGAACAAGCCAUUGAGAAUGGCGUAUUUCCAGAGAGGAUUUCCCAGGGUUCAAGUGGGAGCUACUUUGUCAAAGACCUUAAAGGGAAAAUCAUUGGUGUUUUCAAACCAAAGUCAGAGGAACCUUAUGGUCACCUUAACCCCAAAUGGACCAAAUAUUUUCACAAGCUGUGCUGUCCCUGUUGUUUUGGCCGAGGCUGCUUGUUGCCUAACCAGGGUUACCUUUCAGAGGCUGCUGCAUCACUGGUUGAUACCAAGCUUGGUCUUGGAGUGGUACCAAAGACAAAGGUUGUAUAUCUGGCAAGUGAGACAUUCCACUACAGCGCCAUUGACAGAGCAAAAUCCAGGGGAAAGAAGUACGCCUUGGAGAUUGUCCCCAAGGUGGGAAGACGCUUCCAUCGAGUGGGCCUGCCACCCAAGGUUGGCUCAUUUCAGCUGUUUGUGGAGGGCUACCGUGAAGCAGACUAUUGGCUGCGGCGCUUUGAGGCAGAACCUCUGCCAGAAAAUAUCAGGAAGCAGCUCCAGUCACAGUUUGAGCGAUUGGUAGUGUUGGACUAUGUUAUCAGAAACACAGAUCGAGGAAAUGAUAACUGGUUGAUCAAGUAUGUGAAGCCAGGAGAAAGGGGACAAGAUGAAAAGGACACAGAUUGGCCAGAGAUAAGUUCAGAAUCUUGUAUCAAGAUUGCAGCAAUUGACAAUGGCCUGGCCUUUCCCUUUAAACACCCGGAUGAAUGGAGAGCCUACCCGUUCCACUGGGCCUGGCUUCCCCAGGCUAAGGUGGCUUUCUCCCAGGAGACCAGAGACCUGGUGCUGUCACGUCUCUCUGACAUGAACUUUGUUCAGGACCUCUGUGAGGAUCUCUAUGAAAUGUUCAAGGAAGAUAAAGGUUUUGACAAAACAAUGUUUGAGAGACAGAUGUCUGUAAUGAGAGGACAGGUUUUGAACCUGACCCAGGCACUGAAGGACAGGAAGAGCCCCAUCCAGCUGGUCCAGAUGCCCCGGGUGGUGGUCGAGCGUAGCCGCUCAGGCGGUCAUGGUCGGGUGGUCACUCUUGGCAAUGCCUUCACUCAAACCUUCCACUGCAAACGCCCAUUUUUCUCCUCUUGGUAGUCAGAUGUUUGUGAGGAGUAGAGAUGAGAAGAAAUGUCUUCAAUGGGUCUUCUAUGGUCCUGAAGUUUAGGAUCAAGGAGGUAAAGGACAAUAACACUGAGUUAUUGUCCGAGUGCUUAUGUUUCCUUGGCAAGAAAAAAAAAGGGAGAAACCUUAAAAUAAGAAAGGAAACAAA